AUGGCUGAUUCAAGUGUCAAAAUUGAAACAUUUUUGGGAAUGUUGACUGUCAAACUUCAAGAUGAUAACUUUGUUAAGUGGAGCUAUCAAUUUCAGUUAGUUUUGAGGGGAUAUGAUUUGUUUGAUUUCUUUCUUGGAGAAAAUCCUUGUCCAUCUAAGUUUGUGAUUAAUUCAGACACCGGUGUAACAAAGGAAGUCACUACAGAGUAUAAAGAAUGGGUGAGAAAAGAUAUGGCAUUGCUGAGUCUUCUUAUCGCUACUCUAUCCGAUGAGGCUAUGGAGCAUGUCAUUGGGUGCAGAACAUCUCAUGAAGCCUGUACAUGUUUACAAGAAAGAUUUGCAUCGAUUUCAGUUGUUCGAGUUAAUCAGUUAAAGACUGAAUUACAUACAACACAAAAAGGAGGGGAAUCUGUGGAUAAAUUCUUAAUGAGGCUGAAGAAUAUAAGGGAUCAACUUGUUUCUGUUGGAGAAAGACUUUCAGUUAAUGAUUUGAUGAUUGCUGUGUUAUCUGGUUUACGUGCAGAAUUUGAAAUGAUUCGGACAUUGAUCUUAGCAAGGGAUACAACUCUGUCUUUAAAAGAUUUCAGGGCUCAACUUCUUUUUGCAGAAGGGAGUAUUGAGUCCAAGAUGCAAUCUUUGACAAGUUCUAUGGCUGCAAUGUGUGUUUAA